GGCAUUACAGAUCUCCCCACUGUGGAAUAGGUGGCCCACAUCUGAGAAGGCUGCUGAGAAGUGACUGUUUAGGCCAGAAGACAGAGAUGGACAUCCUGGAAACGAGUGCUUACGACCGCAGACAACACAGGAACACGAACUGUGUACUGUUUCUUUAUCUCCUCCCUUUUUUUGCAUCCUGUACAAUAUACUUCUACCUGUGGAUCCCAGACUCCGCCCCCUCUCUUCUGGCUGCUGGCAUUAAGGCCGCUCCCAUCCUCUGUCUGGUCCUGCUGGUGCUCAGCUAUAAUGGGCGGCGGAGUCUAGUGGGCGUGGCUGGAGGGUUGCUGCUCUCAGCAGGCGGAGACUGUUGCCUUAUUUGGCCAGAACUUUUUAUCCAUGGAAUGGGCUGUUUUGCUCUGGCCCACUUGCUUUACUCUAUUUCCUUCCUGUCCUCUCGAUAUUCUGCAACAUCUUCGUCUGUCUCAUUCUUUAUCCUCUACCUUAUCCUGUGGUUGUUCGGCAUUGGAAUGUAUGCUUACCUGGUGCCCUUCCUACAGCUUGAUGCAGAAGCCGACCUUCUCGUCCCAGCCAUAGGGGGCUACAUGCUGCUCAUUGUCAUCAUGGCCACACUGGCUGCUCGUACACGGCGGCCGCUCAUCCUGCUGGGCAGCCUGGUCUUCAUGGCCUCUGACCUCACGAUUGCACUGACAAAGUUCAAUGUCUUUGAUGUCGAAUACAAAAAGCACAUUAUUAUGACAACAUACUACCUGGCACAGCUGAUGAUUGCGCUGGGUGACGUGAAGGCAGCGCUGGAGGAGGAUGCUGAUGAUAUCCACAAGUGGAAGAGAUCAUAAGACUGCUGUUGGUUCAGUGAAAGCUUAAUCACUUUAUAAAAGGGGGGCACCACUUUGGAUAAACCGUAAACACACAACUAUUGUGUGGACACGCUUACUGUACAUCCCUAAAUAUAAGAAAUAUUACACAGUCUGACCUAUCAACUAAGACUUUUGUCUAGCUUCACUUCAGCAGAUGAACUUGGCCUAACAGACUCUGUGCUGAACUGAACUGAUUUGAUUACAUUUGAAACAACUGUAUGUAGUUUUGCCUAUCUUUGCGACUUUGGAGCCCCCAACAGUUAAGUGAAUAGAAUUCACUGUUGUAAAUACUACUGUUGUUGCUGCCUUAAAGCAAUCCGCCCUUUUAGCGGAAUUUCGUACACGCUCAACAAAAAAUUACAUAUUCCCAGAACAGACAUUUGGGGCCAGUGUGAGAAAGAAACAUAAUUUCUUUUGACUUAUUAUAAGUCAGUGUACCUUCAGAAUGAUUUUGAAACAGGUAUUUCAAGAUAAUAAUCUUACAUACAGUUGCUAAAGGUAUUAAAACAUUUUUUUUGUCCAACAAAAAUAUUUAUGUUCAGAUGCUCCACGAACCUUUGCUAGUUUUUAGAGCAGAGAUGAGUCUGUCGAACUUGUGCAGAAAUAAAGCACAUGAAGUCACACAGAUUUGUGUUUGUUAGAUUCACGGUACUUUCGUUCGUGGUAUAGUUGCAGGCAAAAGAAAAAUGUCAAAAUGUAAUUCUGUUGACUAUGUAAUGAAUAUAUUGGAGUAUAGGCUAAAACAUCAUGGAAUGCUGUUGUGUUUUUGUGGAAUGCAAUGAUGUCCAAAAGUCGUUGAACACUUUGAAAAUAGAAUAAAAUAAAAGCAUAGCGAGAAAUUCUCAA